UUUCAUUGCAGGAGCAGCAAUGCGAGCCCGAAGCCUCGUAGAACUGGCGUUCACGUUAUUCUGGAUAUGUUCGGUUUCUUCAAAGGCAGCGGAAGUACUUGAACAAGAAGGAACCUACAAUGCGAGAGCGUACAAUGUGUGUGCGACGCCUGCCUGCAUCCAACGAGCACAGAUUAUCAAGGACUCCAUGAACAAGUCCGUAGAUCCGUGCACUGACUUCUACGCAUACGCCUGCGGUGGCUGGAUGGCAAGGCACAAGAUACCAGAGAGCCAGUCAACGACCAGCAGUUUCAGCCUGCUAGACGAUGAACUACGGGAAACGCUUAGGGACAUAUUGGGAAACAUGACCAUUACUGAGGAACGUCAGAACGUAACCGAUAAGGCUGCUGUCGUCUACAACGCUUGCGUGGCUGUUCCUGAUCUCGAAGACCGACCUGACGUCAUGUUUGCGAUAAUGAACGCUUCGGGGCUUGCCCAGUGGCCCAUAACUGGUCACCGCAAAGAUAAGAAUUCCAGCGACAGAACCGCCGCGGACGUCCUCAAACAGACUGGAAUCGCUACACUCUUUUCACUCGAAGUUUCCAGGGAUUUCCGGAAACUCAUUUCCUACGCCAUUCAGCUCGAUCAGCCAGAUUUCUCAAUGGUGGGCCGAAACGAGAUCAUCAAUCAAACUACCGACUACAGCAAGCCAAUCAUCGAUGUCUACAGGAACGUCAUUGUAGCGGCGAUGGAGUUCAUGAAGCCUAGCCUAACCGACGGCGAACUACAUGUGCUUGCCGACACGCUUUUAGCUUUUGAAGGAAAGCUAGCCAAUCUGACCGCGCCCCCUGAAGAGAGGCGAGACGUGUUGGCUAUUUAUCGUAGAACUACGAUUAACGAACUGGAGAGUAAUUUUACUAACAUUCCCAUUGGCAAUUUGUUGCAGAAGAAGUUUGACCUUGCAAACAUUACGUUAGCUCAAAAUGAGACUGUCGAGCUUUUCGCUCUCGAAUACUACCGCAAACUGAACACGUUCCUUGGCACCGCCGAUGCUGACACGUUGUUCAACUACGCCGGCCUUCGUCGCAUGCUCAAAUGGGCUGCGACCGUAUCGCACCACUUUCGAAAGGCCUCCUUCCAGCUUCGCGCGGUGAAACAAGGCGUUCAAGUUGAGAAACCCCGAUGGCAACGGUGCGUCGACGCGGUGAACGACGACAUGCCGGAGGUAGUGGGCAAGCUGUACGUGCAGAGCAAGUUCAGCCCAGAGGCUAAGCACGAGGUCCAAGACCUUGCGAGAAGACUCAUGAUCGUCUUCUAUGAAUCACUGCAAACCUUUAAGUGGAUGGAUGAAACUACGAGAGAUGCGGCAGAGACAAAACUGGCUCAAAUGGCAACCAAGAUUGGAUAUCCCGACUGGCUUUUCAACGAGACAUACAUUGAGGAACUUUACAAAUUUGUGCCAGAACUGUCCGUCAACGCCUCUUACGGGGAGAUGAUGUACGCCUUAUCAGAGAAUCACUGGAAGCAGGAAAUGCUGAAGCUACGAAAGCCGUACAACAAGGAUACCGAGUGGCCAGUCAGUCCUGCGGUUGUGAAUGCUUUCUACAGCCCCAGUGGUAACGAAAUGGUGUUUCCUUCAGGGAUUCUUCAAGGGGUCUUCUACGGACAAGGACUUCCACGUUCCAUCAACUUUGGGGCCAUUGGCACAGUGGUUGGUCACGAAAUGACGCACGGCUUCGAUGACACAGGGAGUCAGUUCGACGCAAAUGGCGCACUGAAACAAUGGUGGACAAAUGAUACCCGUGCCAAGUUCAUGGACAAAGCGAAAUGCUUUGAGGACGAAUACGGAAACAUCACAGACGUGGAAACUAAUAUGACGCUCAAUGGCAAGAACACCGUAGGCGAGAACAUUGCAGACAACGGCGGACUGCGCCUGGCUUUCGAGGCGUACAAAAAGCUUCUGCAAGCGGAAUACAAAAACGUAGACACUCGUCUGAAAGACCUGGAAGAAUUCUCCGGGGAGCAGCUGUUCUUUAUCGCGAAUGCUAUGGUAAUGUGCAGCCUGAGUCGUCCCGAGUACCUGAAAGAGCAAAUACAGUACGACCCACACAGCCCAAGUCAAUACGGCGUCAACGUGCCACUGUCAAACUUGCCCGCCUUCUCCGAUACGUUCAAGUGCCCACCGUAUUCCACUAUGAACCGAAGAUACCGGUGCGCCAUCUGGUGAGGUUUUCGUCGCUAAGGAGGAAAAGCAACGCUGCGGCGUCGAAAACCUUCCGAAUCAUUCGCAUGUUAUGCUCGCCAAACA